AUGUAUAAAAAAAUCUCUUUAUAUCUAUCUAUCUAUCUAUCUAUCUAUCUAUACGAAAUGUUUUUUUUUCUUUCUUUCUUUCUUUCUUUCUUUCUUUCUUUCUUUCUUUCUUUUGCCCGAUUCUUUCUUUCUUUCUUUCUUCUUAGCACCUUUUCCUCAUGUGUUUUCUUUCAAUGUAUUUGCUUUAUUCUCGUGUCAUUUCGUGUUCUUCCUUUACCGGGACGCUAUAUUUUGCCUGUUCUUAUAUUCCUCACGUCUGGUGCACCGGUUGACGGGCACCCAGAGAUAGGAGAACCGUGUCGCCCCCGACAACGUCUUUCUCCUUUCAUUGCAAGAGAUUUUCGGGAGGGAGGGGGGCGAGAGAGCGAAAAACGGCCCUUCCCUUUCUUCCUGACUUACAAAACGCCCCUCUCCACCCCCACCAACACCCUCGACCUUCUUCCGUUCAUUGGUUCUUUCCAUAACUCUCUUCCUUUUUUUUUUUCCUCCUCUUUUUAUCAUAUUUUGUUUUUCAUUUCGGUAUUUCUUCCUUUCUUUAUUCAUUUUCUUUCUGUUUCUUUUUUUCUUUCUUUAUUCAUUUUCUUUCUAUUUCUUUCUUACUUUCUUCAUUCAUUUUCCUUCUAUUUCUUUCUUUCGCACUUUCUUUCUUUCUUCAUUUAUUUUCAUUCUACUUCUUUCUUUCUUUCUUCAUUCUAUUUUAUUCUUUCUUUCUUCAUUCAUUUUCCUUCUAUUUCUUUCUUUCUUUCUUUCUUACUUUCUUCAUUCAUUUUCCUUCUAUUUCUUUCUUUCGCUCUUUCUUUCUUUCUUUCUUUAUUCAUUUAUUUUCAUUCUACUGCUUUCUUUCUUUCUUCAUUUUAUUUUAUUCUUCCUUCAUUCAUUCAUUUUCUUUCGAUUUCUUUCUUUAUUUAUUCAUUAAUUUUUCCUUCUAUUUUUCUUUCUUUAUCCAUUCAUUUUCCCUCUGUUUCUUUCUUUUUUUAUUCAUUUAUUUCCCUUGUAGUUCCUUCUUUAUUCCUUCAUUUUCCAUCUAUUUCUUUUUUUCUUUCUUUCUUUAUUCAUUCAUUUUCUAUUUCUUUCUUUCUUUAUUCAUUCAUUUUCUUUCUAUUUCUUUCAGCACCGAGAGUUGAUAUCUAUCUAUCUAUCUAUCUAUCUAUCUAUCUAUCUAUCUAUCUAUCUAUCUAUUCUUCUCAUUACUAUCUAAAAUCUAUCUAUCUUCUUAUCUAUCUAUCUAUCUAUCUAUCUAUCUAUCUAUCUAUUCUUCUCAUUACUAUCUAUCUAUCUAUCUAUCUAUCUAUCUAUCUAUCUAUCUAA